AUGAGACUGAUAUGUGGAUCAUAUUUUGUGAGUGCAAGGGCUCUGGAGGUGUUGUUCCGUCGUGUGAAGGAACGAAACUUAUGUCUGCAAGCUUUGACAUCUGGCCAAGACUUUCCGUUUGGAGAUUUUUUUUCUGUGCGCAGUCAAUGUGUUCUUCAGGUUGUUUUUUCAGAUACAAUUUCUAUAAAAGCCAACCGUUUCCUCAUGCUCACUGCCUUCGCGCUCUGCGCCAUUCAACUCGCGAACACUGGUCCUGUUCCCCGACCAUCGACCUCUUGUGACACCCAGCAGGUGCCGCCUUCCGCUAUCCCUUCCCCCGUGAACGGACCCACACCGGUUCAACUCCUGGAUCCUUACGCCCCAAAGUCUCCAGCUGAUCCUGUGAAAUCGUCUCCUCCUCCAGCGAGCAACCCUCCUGCUGGUCCAGUGCCAACGUACCCCUCAGAGAGCAACGCUACUCUCAAGGGUCCCAACGGUCCUUCGACAAAUAAUCCAGUGCCAAAUGGCUCCGCGACAACCCGCCCAGUACCCAACGAUCCGCCCAAAGGAGUCCCCACACAAGGGUAUUCUGCUGGUCCCGCCGUCGCGUCUUCCCUUCCUGUUGGUGGCCCACCUGCCAAAGAUCUCCCACAAGGUGACCGCGCUCCUAAGCAGCCUGGUGGAUCUAGUCCACUCAAAGGUGGUCCGGUAACAAACAAGUCGCCUGAAACUGCUCCUCCAUCCAAUUAUCUUGUUGGACCUGGCAAUCACCAAGCGCUUCCUCCAGUAUAUAGCGCUCCAGGAGGACCUACGCCAUCGUAUAUUCCUCCUGUCAAUGGUCCUGCACCAACUGGCGCUCAAGGAGGUCCUGCGUCAUACUCUCAGCCACCCACUGGCAGCAACGCACCAGGAGGACCUCUUCCUCCUCCUGCAUCGUCGUCUCUCCCUCCCGUCAAUGGUCCCGCGCCUACUGGAGCUCAAGGAGGUCCCGUGCCAUACUCUCCGCCACCCACCGACAGCAACACCCCAACUGAUCCUAAAACUCAGGGAGGACCUGUCGCUCCUCCAUGCAUAGUAUGCGUCUGCUGUAUUCCAGAGAGGAACAGGUUAAUCAACAUCCACUGA